AUGACAGGCCAAAACAUCAAUCGCGGGCUGAAGCGCAAACGAACGGAGCCGGCUGAAGGCACUGCAGACUUAGAGCGAAAAUUCGCAGGCAAACUGCAUCAUGGCAUCAAAGAAGCACGGAAGGCCGCAAAGAAAGCCAAAACAUUCGAGACGCAAAAACUAAUCAAGAAACUCAAACAUUUGCGAUCCGUGCCUGGCAAUUCAUCCACGGUCCAAGAUGCGGAAGCAGAGCUGGAGGCAUUGAAGGGCAUGAACACCGAUACCUUGGCGGAGGUGGCAUUGCAUUCAAAAAUCAAGAAAGACAAAACCCUAUGCUCCAACGAGUCUAUUCAACCUUCCUUGGAGCAGGAGUUCUCUCUGAGUACUUGGAGCGCGUCAUCUUCGGGAACUCCAUCAGCGAAGGUACAAGCUCGUAUACUCAGCUCAAAAUAUCUUGCAGUAGAAAGCACGCGUAUUCUCGAAGCACUUCGGUCCGUUGUCAACCCAGAGGAACGUCCAAAGAGGGUAGGUCAAGACCAAGAAGAGUCAGCAGACUUGGACACCUCAACGCCAAUAACGGAGGUGCGCCACUCCCUGGCCACAAACGCGGGGCACGAGGCAGAGGCAGAGGCAGAAGAUACACACUCCGAAGCUGCAGCCAUAUCCGACGAUGAAGGAGAAGAUGAGGAAGGCUGGGAAUCUGGAACAGUCGGCGGUGAUGAAGAGGAUUCUGGUGAAGACCUUGACAGGAGAAGCAGACCCGCCCCUGGCAAUGACAUGGCCGAUUCUGAUAGCGAUUCCGAUUCGGACAGUGCUUCGCAAGAUAUGCUGCAUAAUCAACCCACCAAGAAGGCGCGGCAGGCUGGUAAAGAGGCGACUCCCGUUAACAGCGCGUCUACUUUCCUUCCCUCUUUGUCCGUCGGUUAUAUUCGCGGCGAUUCUGACGACUCCGACGUCGAUGGGAGCGACGCAGGUCAGCCAGAUAUACAACCAAGAAAAAAUCGGAGAGGGCAGCGCGCUAGACGAGCCAUCUGGGAAAAGAAAUACGGAAGGAAUGCGAACCAUAAGAAGAAGGAAAUGGAGACUAGUUCGCGGCACACGAGGCCCUCAAUACCGCAAACUUCAGGCCGCGGUCGCAAGAUGGGCAAUAAAGUUAUACCCGAUGGGAGCGCAAACAAAGUUCACGCCCUGAAGUCUCGUACUUGGGGUGAAAAGCCGUCACACGACCAGAAAUUGGUGGCUUCUAAGUCAGCCACCCGUCAACUACCAGCCUCUCAAACUCAAAGUAGCUCCUUGCAUCCAUCCUGGGAGGCAAAACGCAAAGCAAAAGAGCGGAUAGGGAUAGUCCCGAGUCAAGGCAAGAAAAUUGUAUUUUCAUAG